AUGGUUGACCACCACGAGGGUCUUCAAGAUCAAGAGAAAAUAGUUGCGAACAUCUAUGAAAGUGAACACAACCCAAACAGCUUCGUAUGUCAGGAGGAAUAUACCAAAGGCGUGAUACCAAUCCCGCCAGGACAUACGUCCAUGGAGAGUUCUGAUACGGCAAGAUCGUUCACACAUGUCCCUUCAGGUUCAUCGUCCUUGUAUAAGGAAGCCCAGGUUGACGAGAGCCAUUCAAGUCCCCCGGGCGCUUCAAACAUAGCUAUUCUUCAUAAUCGAGAUGAUGUCGAUAUCUCGACCGGGUGGAGGCGAUGGGUCUUCGCCCUCGCUCCCCUCUUUACCAUGAUCAACACAGUCGUGUACUUGUUUUAUCUUGGUCUGCGUAUUUACUGUAUCGUUAUGGCACAAAGGUCGGUCGAUAUCUACUAUGGCGGAGCAUGGGUCUUUGUCGCCAUUGAGAUGGCUGUGGCUAUACCCUCUCUGAUCCAUAACUGUUGGACUAUCAUGGCAUGGAAGAAAAGAAGCAGGCCCAAGCUUAGGCUGACUGGCGAGAAAGUCCCCUCUGUGGACGUCUUUGUCACCUGUUGCGGAGAAGACGAUGCUGUUGUUCUCGAUACCAUCCGUGGUGCCCUUGAUCAAGAUUACCCCCUCGAUAAGUUCAGAGUUGUCGUGCUGGACGACGCCAGAUCUGCAUCCCUGGCCUCUGCUGUUGGUGAGCUGGCUACCAUGCAUCCCAACAUCUUCUACAUGGCACGAGAAAAGAUUCCUGGCAAGCCACACCACUUCAAGGCUGGCAACCUCAACUACGGCCUCGAGCAAGUGGAAUAUUUGCCUGGAGGAGCAAGUGAAUUGAUCGCAGCACUAGACGCCGAUAUGAUCCCUGAGCGGGAAUGGCUGCGUGCUUGCAUCCCCCAUCUCCUGGUGGAUCCCAAGGUGGCCCUCUCGUGUCCCCCACAGCUCUUCUACAACACACCAGCCUCCGAUCCCCUCGGGCAAAGUCUGGACUUCUUUGUACAUAUCAUUGAGCCCAUCAAGGAUGCCCUUGGAGUGGCCUGGUGUACUGGAUCUGGCUAUGUUGUUCGCCGUCAAGCUCUGGCGGACAUUGGCAACUUCCCUCUGGGAACCCUAACUGAAGAUGUCGCGACUUCAACCCUUAUGCUCGGCAAAGGUUGGAAAACAGUAUACAUCCACGAACCCCUACAGUUUGGGUCCGUACCAGAAGACUACGGGGGACAUCUGAAGCAGCGGACCCGCUGGGCCAUAGGAACUGUGGACACAGCUGCCAAGCUGAAUUUCUGCCUCUGGGGCGAGAGCGUCCGGCAUCUCACCUUCGCUCAACGCUUCUCCGGAUUCAUCUACGCAAUCCUCAACUUGUUUACUCUCCUUCUAACUGCGUCUCUAUUCACCAUUCCCAUUAUCCUCCUGUGGGGCAAGCCUCUCGUCGCCUACGCAAACGACGACCAACUCCACUGGCUCAUCUGGGCCUGUUUCAUCUCGACCGUCGUCAACCGACUGUGCGAAGCAACAUUAUUCUCCCCAGCAGGCUACCACACCGGACAGAGAAACUCUCGGUUCCAACUCUGGAUGGCACCCUACAUCGCCGUCUGCAUGAUCCGCUCAUUCAUCCUCCCCAAAUGGCUCGGCGGCCAAACCCAAGCCUUCAAGCCCACCGGAUCCCUCGCCUCCGCACUCAACGAGCGCGACCCGAAGCUCACGAAGAACAUGUUCGUGCGUCUCCGGGUGAUGCUCCUCAACUACAUGGUGUCCUUCCAUCUCGCCUUCGUGUACGUGACCCUGGUCGCAGUCAUCAUCUCCUCGUACCGCUGCUUCGCCAUCGAAGACAGCGCCAAAGACAUCAUUAUCUGUCUCAUCACGCAUGCCUUCUGGCCGCCGUUUGCCUUCUUCUUCAUCUGCAGCUCCAUGUGGACGCCGAUCGCCUAUGCCAUUAACCCCCCGAUUAUGCCAGAUCGCGAGGAGCUGCUCGUGCGAGAUCAGAAGACUGGUGUUGCUCAUCCCACCGAGGAGAGCAAGCGCAUCGCGUUCGGUGGCCAGGCUGUGUGGUUCGAGUUUGAGUACUCGGCUGCUACUAUCGCUACCGUCUUGGUCUUUGCAUAUUCUUUCUUUUUCUAG